AUGGGCAAUCACACAGCAGUAAACACAUUCCUUCUAUGGGGAUUUUCCAGUUUCCCAAACCUGCAGAAUCUCCUCUUUGUAGUGAUUUUCUCCUCCCAUGUAACCAUCCUACUUGCAAAUGUGUCCAUAAUGGUGGCCAUCAAGCUCAGUCACAACCUCCACACCCCCAUGUACUUUUUCCUCUUUGGUCUGUCCUUUUCAGAAACCUGUACCACGAUGGUGAUCAUCCCCCGCAUGCUAGUGGACUUGCUCUCAGAGAGCAAGACCAUCUCCCUUCGGGAGUGUGCCACCCAGAUGUUUUUCUUCUUUGGCUUGGGAGGCAAUAACUGCUUCAUUUUGUCUGCCAUGUCCUAUGACCGUUACACUGCCAUCCACAACCCACUUCAUUAUCCCAUCCUGAUGACAAGAAAUUUCUGCUUCCAGCUCAUGAUGACUUCUUGUAUGGUUGGAUUCUUGGUUUCUCUGUGCAUCACCAUCAUUAUAUUCAACUUCUCUUUUUGUGACUCUUACACCAUCCAGCACUUCUUCUGUGACAUCUUACCCGUGGCCAGCCUUGCUUGUGAUUACAAUUCCUAUCAUGCAAUGGCUAUUUUUAUGCUCUCUGCCUUCGUGUUGGUGGGCAGCUUUAUUUUAAUUUUGAUAUCCUACAUCUUCAUUUUGUCCACAGUUUUGAAAAUGCCUUCUACAAAGGGGAGGUAUAAGGCCUUCUCGACUUGUUCCUCUCACCUCACUGUGGUGUCCAUUCACUAUGGAUUUGCUUGUUAUAUCUACCUUAGACCAAAAAACAUCAGCUCCUUCCGUGAAGACAUGCUGAUGGCCGUGACAUACACAGUGCUGACACCUCUGCUGAACCCCAUCGUCUACAGUCUAAGGAACAAAGAAAUGCAGAUAGCCCUUAGGAAAGUACUAGGCAGUGGCAAUAGGUUUAUUUCUCAGAUGAUAAAUAAAAGAGCCCUGAACAUUUAA